GUAGGAUAAUUCUGAAGAGAUUGUUCGUAUUGCUGCAAGAUUAGAGAGAAAUUCUAACUGUUCAGUAGAUAGAUGUCAAAGAACGAGCAAAUUUUGAGAGACUUCCUGAAGAAGGGAGAUAACAAGAAGUGUUUCGUGUGUGGACAGAAUGGUCCUCAGUAUAUCGUAACGGAUUUCUAUACAGUGGUGUGCAACGCGUGCAGCGGCUUGCAUCGUGAAUUUGGUCAUUUUGUGAAGCACAUUAGUCUCGGAACCUGGACGAAGGAUGAGGUCGAGAAGGUGCUCGCUGGAGGAAACAAGAAAGCCGCGAAGAAAUGGUUGGCGACGUACAAUCCCAAGAAAUUCCCGCGCCCAGAGCCCUCUGACAAGUCCCGUUGCCGACAGUUCAUCCAGAAGUGCUUCAUCGACAAGGCCUGGACGGAAGGCAACGACGACAGUGAGGACGAAGCUCCCCGCAAGAAGUCUCGUCGUGUCGAAGUCUCCGACGACGACGACGACUUCGAGCCUCGCCGCAAGCCCAAAGCCCGCCGUCCGCAAGUGUCGGAUGACGACGACGAGGACGAUUUCGAGCCUCGUCGCAAGCCCAAAGGCCGUCGACCGCAGGUGUCCGAUGACGACGACGACUUCGAGCCGCGUCGGAAGCCGAAAGGUCGUCGUCCGCAAGUGUCGGAUGACGACGACUUCGAGCCGCGUCGUCGGCCCAAGGCGCGCAACAACGACGUGUCGGGCGACGAGGACGACUUCGAGCCUCGCCGCAAGCCGAAGGGCCGUCGACCGCAAGUAUCGGACGACGAGGACGAGGACGAAGCGCCUCGCCGAAAGGGCAAAGCGCCCGCGAAGAGUCCUGCGAAGGGACCUGCGAAGAGUCCUGCGAAGGCACCCGCGAAGAGUCCUGCGAAGGGACCUGCAAAGGGAGCGAUGAAGGGAGCGGCGCGCAAGGGCCGCAAGGGAGAAGAGGAGGAGGACGCGCUGGAGGAAGCGAUGGAGCUGACGCCGAGGGAGGAUCACUUCCCGAGCGAGCUGGGAUUCGACUUCACGGCCGCGCGGAAGUCGCCCAAGCCGGAGAGCGACGGGUUCGGCGCGCUGCGCGCUCUGGGCGAGCAGCAGGGAAUGCAGGGCAUGCAGGGAUACGGCUAUCCCCCGCAGCAGGGCUAUGGAUAUCCCCCGCAGCAGCAGCAGGGAAUGCAGGGAUAUGGUUAUCCCCAGCAGCAGCAGGGAUAUGGACAGCAGCAGGCCAUGCAGGGAUAUGGUUAUCCUCAACAGAGCCCUGGUAUGCAGCCCGGUUAUCCUCAACAGAGCCCUGGCAUGCAGCCUGGCUAUCCUCAGCAAUCUCCUGGCAUGCAGCCUGGUUAUCCUCAACAGAGCCCUGGCAUGCAGCCUGGCUAUCCUCAGCAAUCUCCUGCUAUGCAGGGCGGCUAUCCUCAGCAAUCUCCUGCUAUGCAGGGCGGUUAUGGCUACGGGCAGCAGCAGGGAAUGCAGGGCGGCUAUGGCUAUGGCCAGCAGCAGGGAGGCUAUGGAAAUAUGGCGUACAACAACAACAACGCCCCCGCAGAGGAGUUUGCGUGGUAA